AUGUCGGACAAGGAAAACGUCGUCCGCAUGGCCUCGCAGAAGGAGGCUGCCCCUCCCACGGCCGAGCCCUCGACGGCCACGGGAUCCAGCCCGGCCGCCACCGAUUCUCCUUCCAAGGCCAAUGGUGAGACCAAGACGCCCGCCGCAGCGAAGCGCGUCAGCACGACGGCAGCUUCGACGAGCCGUCGCCCCGGCACCGCCUCGUCCACCGGUUCCAAGACGGGCACUGCCUCCGUUGGGGCCUCCACCGGCACCGCCGCUCGCACGGCCAGCACGCUGAACAAACCUCCGACGCGGCCGCCCGUGACGGCGACGACCCGUCGGUCGACGGCCGCACCCGCCUCUUCGUCGACCCACCGCAGUCGGCCGAGCGUCGGUGCCAGCGGGGACGAGAAGAAGCCGUCGUUGACCUCGUCCGUGGCACGGAGGACGAGCUCCAUCGUGAGCAGUCCCGCCAAGGUUGCCGAGAAGAAGACGACGACGACGCCGGCCGCCGCAGCCGCUCGACGACCGGCGGCACCCUCCAGCGCACCGGCCGCGAGCUCGAGGACAUCCGCGCUCGCCUCCUCCAGCACCCCCGCCGCGAGCUCGAGGACGUCUACGCUCGCCUCCAGGACCAGCACCGCGGCCGCGGGGUCGUCGGCGACGAGGCCCAGCACGGCUUCGCGCUCGACCGUCACCGCCGGCACCGCCGGCACCGCCGACGCUCGCAAACGCCUCUCCGUCGCCUCGGCAACCCCCGCCACGACUUCCACCCGUGCCGCCACCCGCCCGGCAGCCCGCCCCGACUCGGCCGCCUCGAAGGAACUCGACGGGCUCAAGUCCAAGCUUGCCGAGGGCAACGCCGAAAUCGAGUCUCUCAAGGCCCAGAUCAAGACGUCGGAGGAGACGGUCGCUCGACUGCGCGAACAGGUCACCGAUCCUCCGGCUCAAGAGUCCGCCGCCCAAGAUGAAGCGGCCAUGGCCAACCUCAAGGCGGAGCACGAGUCCGCCGUCGCAAGCCUGGAGGCCCGUCUCGACGACGUCAACGCCAAGUUGAACGCCGGCGAGACCGAGGUCGUCGCCCUCAAGGCCGCGCUCGCCGACGCUCAGCACUCCAAGUCCGCUCUCGAAGGGGAACUUGCGGGCCUCAGAAAGUCUCUGGAAGCCAUCGAGGCGGAGGGCGAGGAGAAGGGCAAGGCAAGCGACAGCGCGCUGCGGAAGGCUGUCGACGAGCACGCCCUCCAGAUGGAGGAGCUGCAGACGUCCCUUGCCGGUCAGCACAGGGCCGCCAUGGAGGAAGUCGAGGCAAGACACAAGUCGGAGCUCGAGAAAGGCUCGGCCGACGUCUCCUCCCACAAAUCGGCUCUCGCCGAGCUCCAGGCCGGCCACGAGUUGGAAAUGUCUGACCUGAGAAAGAAGAUGGAACAGAUGUCCUCCGAGCACGAGGCCUUGGAGUCGACCAGCAUCGAAAAGUCCCGCUCCGAGCACGAGGCGCACAGCGCCAAGGUCGCCGGGCUCGAGAGCGACAUUGCCGAGCUCAAGGCCGCACUCGACCUGUCCCGCGAGGCGGCCGAAAAGAUGCAGUCCCUCGACGGCAAGCUGGCCGAGAUGCAGAGCCAGCUGGACGCCAAGGAGUCUUCCCUCGUCGCCGCACGGGAGGAGCUCGCUUCCGUCAAGGCCGGAUCGAGCGAGGCCGAGAAGGCAGCGGCGGAAAAGGACAAGGAGAUCUCGAAACUGAAGGCGAUGCACGACGAGCGCAUGAAGAACCUCUCGCAGGACUACGAAAACGAGAUCGAGAGCCUGCGCGGCGACGCCUUCUUCAAACGCAAGUUCGAGGUGCUCGAGGCGCAGCACGACGAGCUGCGAGCCGCCUCGGAGCUCGGGGCCGAGAACCACGCCAAGGCCCUUGCCGCCGCCAAGGACGAGCACGCGGCCGCGCUGGCCGCGCUGGAGCACAAGGAGGCGGAGCACGGACGGUCGAUGGACGCGCUGCGGGCGAGCCACGCCGAGGAGCUCACGUCGGCCAGGUCGGGCGCCUCCCUCGACAAGGACGCUCACGCCAGCCAACUCGAAGGCCUGAAGUCGGCCCACGCCGAGGAGCUCGAAAGACUCAAGAAGAAGAGCGAGACGACUCUCGGCGAACAGCUCGAUUCGCUCAUGGCUUCCCACGCCGACGUGCUCGACGGCUUGAGGAAGGAGCAUGCCGACGCGCUCGACGGCUUGACAAAGGAACACGCCGACGAGAAGGAGGCGCUUCUCGCGGCCCACCGGUCGAAGCUGGCUUCCGUCCAGGACGCCGGCGAGAGCACGCACGCCACCGAGAUGGCGACGGUCAAGGCCGACCUUGACGCCGCCCGGCAUGAGUUGGCGAGCGCGCGGGAGGAGAGCCGGAGGGCGGUCGAGGCCGUCACGCAGGAGCUCGAGGAGAAGCACAUCGGCGAGGUCGAGAAGCUCGUGGCGAUGAACACGGAGGUCAUGGAGAAGAUGAAGGUGGACGGCAUCCAGGCCCGAAAGGAGCUCGAGGAGCUGACGGCGGCGCACUCCAAGUCCCUCGACGACGCCAUCAACGAGUACAAGCACAACAGCUCGAGCCUCCAGGACAAGCUCGCGCAGCAGGCCGAGGCCAACGCGGCCCUCGACAAGGCCCUCUCCGACGCCCAGCUGGCCCUCGCCAAGGCCGAGGCCGAGGUCGACGAGAUGGGCCAGCGGCUCGCGCACGAGAAGAUGGAGCGCAUGACGGCCCUCGCCGACUUUGACGCGGCGAAGAGCACCAAGCCGGACAGCUCGGAGGCGGAUGCCCUGCGGGCCGAGCUCGCGUCCCUCAAGAAGGCGCAGGAGACGAAGGCGGACGGGCUGUCGGCGGCGCAGGAGACGAUAGACAGCAUGAAGAAGGAUCUCGAGCUGGCGCAGACGAAGCUCGAGGCGCACAAGGCCGAGGCCGAAGCGCAGAGGAAUACGGCGCAGGCCGACUACGAGGACCUCAACGACAGCAUGACGGUGCUGGUCGAGGAGGCCGACGGCAAGGUCAAGGAGCUCGAGGCGAAGCUGAAGACGACGCAGGCGAAGGCGGCCGACGCGGCGAAGAGGCUGGACGAGCUCGAGGCCCAGCUCAAGGUCAAGGACGCCGAGCUGGCCGAGGCAAAGGCCAGGGCGACUCCCCUCAAGUCUCCGGGGCUCGCGAGCAGCAGGUUCGCCGAUGCCGACGCUGCCGGCGCGACGGCGGCGAAGAACGGCGCGACGGAAGGUGAGGAUGACGAUGCCGACUACACCUCGGAGGCAUUGGCUUCGCUCACCCAGGCGCGCCUCACGGCCAAGCAGAUUGACGCGCUCGAUCGCGAGAUGAGGGAUCGUAACCUGCAGCUGCUGAACUCGAUCACGAACCCGGACGCGACGGAAUCCUCUUGA